AUGAGCAGGACUGCGAGCUGGUGCCAGAACUGUCUGCAUUACGCGUUUGAUUAUGAAACACCAAAAACUCUGGUUAUUCCACACUUCGGGGUGGGAUUUGUGUUCAGGCUCAUCCAGCUCCUGGUGGUGCUGUAUGUGGUGGGGUAUGUGUGUGUAGUGCAGAAAGCCUACCAGGAGACCGACUCCGUCAUCAGUAGUGUCACCACCAAAGUGAAAGGUUUUGCCUUCACCAACACGUCUGACAUGGAUCCUCUUUUCUGGGAUGUAGCUGACUAUAUAAUCCCUCCUCAGGGUGAGCACUCCUUCUUCGUGUUGACGAAUAUGGUCAUGACCUCAAAACAAAUGCAAACACGUUGUCCUGAGCUUCCAGGUCCAUCAACGACCUGCGUGGAUGAUUGUGACUGUAUCCCGGAACUAAAUGAUCCUCGGGGGAGCGGUAUACAAACAGGACUAUGUGUCAACUAUUCCUCCACUGUCCAGACGUGUGAAGUGCUCUCAUGGUGUCCUCUUGAAAUAGACACUAAACUGCCAGAGCCUGCCCUGCUGGCUGCAGCAGAGAACUUCACCGUGUUGAUUAAAAACAGCAUCACAUACCCCAAGUUCAAAUUUCACAGAAGAAACAUUCUGCCACACAUCAACUCCUCGUACCUGAAGAGGUGUGAGUUCAGUCAUUCAACAGACCCGGACUGCCCCAUAUUCCGCCUCAAAGACAUUGUGUCAGAGGCUGGAGAGGAUUUUCAAGACGUGGCUCUGAAGGGUGGCGUCAUUGGUAUUAUUAUUGACUGGAGCUGUGACCUGGACUUUUGGGCAGGGAUGUGUUACCCCAAGUACAGCUUCCGCAGACUAGAUGACAAACACCCUGUCAGAAAUGUGGCCCCUGGAUACAACUUCAGGUUUGCCAAAUAUUACAAAACUCCAGAUGGAGAGGACACCAGGACCUUGAUUAAAGCAUAUGGGAUCCGGUUUGACGUCAUUGUAUUUGGAACAGCCGGGAAAUUUGGAAUUGUUCCAACUAUAGUGAACUUGGGUGCAGCCUUGUCCUUCCUCAGUUUGGUUCCCAUGGUUUGUGACUGGUUCAUGUUGACAUGCACGAGGAAAAAAGAUCUUUACAGUCGACAUAAAAUCACACAUCUGAGUGAUGAUGCUGAGGCUGAAUCGAUCUCAAUGGGCACCGCCUACGGAACUCAGUAACAUCAACAUGGGGACGUUGUUCUGCAGCCUAA